AUGCAAAUUUCUCCUUUCGAUUGCCAAGAAGUAGAUGCUUCAUCUCUUGGAUGGGCUAUGUCAGCAGUUUCAUCUAGAGCAUUCAAGUUACAUGGUAACAAGCAAUCGAAUGGGGUAAACUUUGACAUUCCCAUGAUGCUCCCUCUAAUUGACAUGUGUAAUCAUAGUUUCAAUCCAAAUGUUAGAAUUGUUCAGGAACAAGAAACUGGUAGCACAAAGAUGUGGGUGAAGGUUGUGGCUGAGAAAGCAAUCAAGGAAGACGACCCUUUAUUACUUUGCUAUGGAUGUUUAAGCAAUGAUCUUUUCCUUCUUGAUUAUGGAUAGGAGAAAACAAAGAUACCCUUGGAAAAC